GUGGAAAUAGGCUACAUUUUAUUAUUACAAAAAAUGACAUCUGGAGAAUAUAUAUUCAAUCGUCGUCGUCGUCAUCAUUUCUUUGUUGACCCAGCACAGGAAUAUUUUUAUAAAAAUCAUGAAAUGUUUCUGGUAUCCAUUGCAGAAUCACGAGAAGAUGAUCGUGCUUUUUGGGGUUUGACGCGGCGAACAUAGUUCUAGUGGAUCUAUUCAUGUUUACCAUUUUGUAGUUCUCUUGGAAUAUGUCUGUUUUAGUCUGAGUAUCCCUGGAUCCUGUUUUCGAACCUCAAGCCACACCGCUGAUGACAUUAAAAAGGUUUCUUUAGCUAC